AUGGGCAUUAAAGGUUUAUGGAACGUAUUAUCGCCUUAUUGUGAAAAAAAGUCCCUUCAUGAGAUAAGAGGCGAAACAGUGGCUGUGGACCUGGCUGGCUGGGUAUGUGAUAGCCAAAAUGUAACAGAUUACUAUAUCCAGCCUAAACUAUAUUUGAGAAAUUUAUUUUUCCGCACUGUCUAUCUUUUAUUAGCAGACAUAAAUCCAAUUUUUGUACUUGAGGGUGAUGCUCCCGAAUUGAAGAGGGAUGUAAUGGCAGCAAGGAAUGCUAUUCAGUUCAGAGGAGCUGCACCAAAAUCACAAGCUAAAAGCCAAGCUCCAAGUGUGUCUAGAAAAAGGUUUAAAGGUGUUUUAUUAGAGUGUGAAACUCUGUUGAAGAGUAUGGGUGUUAGAUGUGUCAAAGGAUCUGGAGAGGCAGAAGCCACUUGUGCUAGUUUAAAUUCAAAAGGGUUGGUUGACGCGGUAGUAUCGCAAGACUCCGACUGCUUUGCAUAUGGGGCGCGCCGGGUGUAUCGCAACUUUAGCGUGUCCAGCUCAGCGGGUGGGGGCGCCAUGCAGGGAUCAGUGGAUUGCUAUGAUGCAGAAAAAAUGUUCCAGGCUAAUGGAUUCGGCCGUAAAAAAAUGAUUGCGUUGGCUCUUCUUUGCGGCUGUGACUACGGGGUUGGCGCUUGUGGGUCAUCUAUUAACACUGUUGUGAGUUUUCUUCACACUGUGAAGGAUGAGGAGAUUAUUCCUAGGCUUUUGUCAUGGGUCACCGAUACAAAAGAGUACGAAGAGCGCGCACGUUGGGCCUCACAGCCGGGACGUUGUGACAAGUGCGGGCACGUUGGACGUACGCAUCUUAAAAAUGGCUGCCCCAUGUGUAAUACGCAUCGUAGCUGCAACGAUUUAGGACAUAAGUCAAAAGUGUUGGAAUCAAAACGUGAAUUGUCGUUGCGCGAUCGGGCUCUAUCGUGCGGGAUGCCAUUUCCAGAGCCAAAAGUUAUGAAGGAAUUUCUCAAUGCAACAUCGGAUAUAAUCCUUGGCACCAUACCGCAACCCAGUUUAAUUCAAUUCGCGAAAAUAAUGGCUAAGAAAUUGGAUUGGACGGAGCGGUACUGUGUGGAGAAAUUUCUACCUUUGCUCACAAAAUGGCAUCUACAAACUUGUGUACCUUGUAAAACUAUUCAACCUGUCAAAAUAAAGAAGAAAAGGAAUCCCAGAGGAGUACCAAGUUACGAAGUUGUAUGGAGUGAUAUAAGCGGGCAAUAUGAGGCUUUGAUUCCCGAUGAACAAAUUAAAGAUGGUGAAGAAAUAGCAGAUAUAUGGAUGACGGUUGAAAGGCAAGACUUGAUGAAGGAGUUUUAUCCAGAAUUAGUUGAAGCUUACGAAGAAUCCAUCAAGAAACCACCAAAAGUAAAGAAGACAAGAGAAAAGAAAACAGCAGAUCCAAAAACAGAUAAACCAAAACGAAAGUACACCCGUAAACAAAAAAUAUCAAACUUAAAUAAUUCCAUGAAAAAUCUAAGUUUAUCUAAAAGCUUAAACUUAAGUGUCAGUGUCAAUAAGUUAAAACGAAAAAUUAAAGGAAAUGCUAAAGGCACAAUCGAGAACUAUCUAAAGAAACGAAAGUCCAGUUUGAACUCAUUAUCACGAAACGAGUCCAGAAAAAGACUUGAUAAAGGAAGAAAAAGUGUACAAAGGGAUCAAUCUGCAAAUAUAGAGUCGAGAAAUUACGAAAGACACAGGGGUUCAAUAAAUAAUAUAGGAAAUAUACACGAUCUAUCCACGCUACUUGGUCUUGGUUCUACAUCAAGAUUAGUUAAUGAAGCAAAUGAAAUUGACUACGAAAACAGAAACAGAAAAUUAAUAAAUGAUCUAAGCAAUAUAGAACAUGAUGAAUCUGCAAUUUAUGAUAUACUGUCAACAGACUCUAAAGCCAACAAUUUCGAAAAAGGUCACACCUACGGGAUGAAGGCAAAAAAUAAAGAAGUUGAUCUAUCUGCAGCUGACGUAGUAAAAAAAGGAGUUUUUGAUGCAAAAGACAAUUUUGACAAUAAAGAAAAUUUAAUACAUAUUCUUGAUACAGAUUUUGAAAGUGAUUUAUCUGGAAUAGUUGAAGAUAUAGUAUCGAAAGCGCCUAGUUUUACGACAGCGAAAGUUAAUAAUAACCUCGUUAAGUUGGUAUUUCAGAAGAGAAUGGAUAUUAACUGUUCGACCCCAAAAAAUAGCCCCCGAAAAUCGCGAAACACAAGUUACUUCUUUGAUAAAUUGGUUGAAGGGGACGCGUUUGAAAUGUCGCUUGAUCAUGAUGAAACAGUUGAUUAUAGUUUGCCUGAUAUUAAAUUAUAA